ACCAACUCCACCGCGCCGCCUCCCGCCACACCCUCCGCGCCUCCUCCGGCGACUCCCUCCACGCCACCUCCUUCCCCUCCCGCCGCCGCUCCUCCGCCGGCCACUCCUUCCGCUCCUCCGCCGGCCACUCCUUCCACCCCUCCCCCGGCGGCGCCCGCCACUCCUACAGCUCCGGCGCCUGCUUCCCCUUCUCCGCCGACGACUCCUUCGCCUUCCCCGCCAUCGCCUCCUUCGAACAAUCCUUCGCCGCCUUCUUCCACCACUCCGCCGUCGACCCCCACACCGGUCACCCCUUCCACGCCGACCCCAAUCACGCCGUCUACCCCCGGGAGCCGCACGCCUCCGUCAUCCCGCUCCCCGCCGUCGUCUUCUUCCGGCGGUUCGCCGCCGAACUCUUCCUCCCCUCCCUCCAACUCGUCAUCGAUAUCGACCGGGACGGUGGUCGGGAUUGCAAUUGGAGGAGUGGCGAUUCUGUUGAUACUGAGCUUGUUCUGUAUUUGUAGAAAGAGGAGGAGAAGAGGCGACAAUGAAGCCGCUUACUACGCUCCUCCGCCGCCGCCUUCUUCUGGCCCUAAAGUUGACCCAUACGGCGGCCAGCCGCAACAGCAUUGGCAGCAGGUAGCUCCGCCGCCGCCGGAUCGAGUGGUGGGAUCAAUGGGAAAACCGCCACCUCCGCCACCAGCUCCGGCGAGGCAACCACCUCAGCAGCCGGCUUACCUGAGCAGCAGCGGGGCGUCCAACUACUCCGGCUCCGAAACCCCACUCCCGCCGCCUUCUCCUGGA